AUGCCCUUAAACCGCACCCCACCAUCAACCUCGGGCUUGUCACCCUCUAAACAUAACUCUACGUUAAGAGAUUUAAUUGAGGAUGAUAAAGAAUAUCCUGUGACAGAAACCCCAAAAGUCAAACAGGGGUUUAGAAACAAGCGGCGUCGAUCAGAUGAAGUAGGCGAUCGGCUAGCUUCCUUUAUGGUGGAGAUCAAGGAUAUCCUAGAAAGUUUUAAGAACGAGCAAAAAACCAAGUUUGACAAACUUGAAAAAAUUUUUUUAGCCGUGGACGAUAUAAAAAAACAAAAUGGUGAAAUACAGAAUUCCGUGGAUUUUCUAUCACAAAAAUAUGACUGUAUUGUCACUCAAAUAGGAAAAUUGGAAUCUGAGAAACAGUCCAAUCUGCAAUACCUUCAGCUUCUAGAGGAUAGGCUGGAUAACUACGAAAGACUCUCUAGAGCAACAUGCAUUGAAAUCAGGAAUAUUCCGACUGUCAAAUCGGAAACAAAAGACAGUCUUCUUAACACCAUCAUAGCGACUGGUAAAAUUCUAAAUAUGUCCAUCCAGCCAAAUGAAAUCAAGGAUGUAUUCCGCUUUAACUCUCGUGACCCGGCAUAUAAGACUGUGCUUGUAGAUUUUAACAGCGUACUUACAAAAGAGAGAGUCAUUCGUAUGUACAGAAAAACAAGUAAAGAAAAUAAUCGCCCUACUACAGAAAAACUAAGACUGACUGGACCUCCUAAACCAAUUUUUAUUUCUGAAAGCUUAUCAUCCAAGGCAAAAAGGCUGUUCUUCUUUACCAAGGACUUUGCUAACUCAAAUCAGUACACUUACUGUUGGACAUCAAGCGGUAAAAUAUAUUUACGAAGAAAAGAAGGAGCUCCGGUUAUUCUCAUUAGGAAUGAAUCUGAUCUGGAAAAUCUUAAAUCACAAAAAUGA